UACAUCGCAGCACUCAGUGGAAGUGAGCCCGCUGCUGCUGCUGCCGCCAGGUGCCGUUGUGUGGCACUGUAGUGUGCCUGCAAUAGAAGCUGCCCGUCUGUGCUCGAGUGUAGACGUGCUUUUCGUACGCUUGCGCCCAACUUUCGCCUCUCAACCUGUUGCGCGUUCGCCGAUAGAGUACUGAUUCGUGCCUUCUGCCGCGUCCCACAGUUGAUUGUGGCCAUCGUGCGCCGUUCCAGUGAAUAGUGAAAAAAACAUUUUAGUAAAGGUGAAGCAAAAAAGUGCACGGUGCGUGUGCGUGUGUGUGUGAGGUGUAGUAAAAAGGUGCGCGAGUGUGUCGCUGCUGCCGCCGCAUCCUUUUCCCGCAACAGGACAGGAGCAAUACAGGAUUCCAUCACACUGCGCCUUUGUGUGUCGCUCUCUUUCUAUUGCGGUGCGCCGAAUACUGACCUCCUUUUGCGCCGUACAGUGUUUAUGAUAUCCUUGUUGUGUGUGAGAACGCAGUUCACUUUGGAAAAGUCGUGUCUUUGGCUGUGCGUGUGCCGUGAAGCGGAAAACAGUGAACCAUCGGCUCGUUGUGUGUGUACGUGUGGGGGAAAAUUGGAGUGUAUUUCCACCAAUUUCGUAUCAAAAGUGUGCAAAUUGCGGAGUUUUUUGAACGUGUUAACUGAUUAAACUACUUUAGUAAGAACAUAAAGUGUGACGUUACCAUUCGUAAAUUUUGAUAUCCAGAGAGACAGAGAGAGAGAGUCGCUCGAAGCAAGAAUAACUGGUGUAAAACUAACAAUAUAAAUAGCUCCAGGUACCUUUUGUGAAGAGGUAUUGAACAGAAAACAUUCCAAAAACUACUUCCAAGGAAAUGAAGUAACGAUUAGCUUGACAAGAGCUCCGGCUGCAUAUCCAACGGUCAUGCUUUACCACACAUCCGAGGAACUUUCGUGCGCAAGAACAUUCGCUAUUAUGCGUUAGUGCGUUAGAGUCCUUUCCUUUUUCAACAUCUCCCCAUGAUUAUGCCGUUUAUUUGUGUAUAAAGUGUGUGUCUGUGUGUGUGUGUUUCAAAGUUCCGUUUGUGGACCACCCCGCUUACUUUGUGCUGGUUCGCAAAGAUCCCUAUCUAACCAAGUAAAAAGUGUGCUACAGAAACAAAUUAGUAAAGUGAUUUUGUUUUGCGAGAAAACACCAGCGUCCAGUUUCCAAGUUGCGUCAUAAAACUACCCUGCCCUCACUGCUGCUCACUGCCAAGAAUUUGGCAACCGUGUAGACAUCAAAGACGAACCUCGAGGCAACACGGCUCCCGAGAAGUAGUAAUACGCUCUCUUCUGUGUAUUUGCACGACGUAACCGCCUUUUAGGAUAUGCUCGCCCAAAGCAACAUCCAGCAGCAGCAGCAGCAGCUGCUGCCCGCGGCAAUCGUCGCCAGCAGCCCGGCCGCCACAACCACCACCGCUAGCAGCACCACCGUCAGCACCGGCAGCCCCAGUGCCGCCGCCGUGAUUCCGGGUGACGGCACGAAGCCGCAGCAGCAGCAGCAGCAGAUGAUACUUCCGGGGCAUGUGGUGGUGCUGCAUGUGACGACAUGCGGCCAGAGCGGGGCCGGGCUCGGCUCGGACGAGAAGGAGGUCGUGCUGCUGAUUUACGUAAUCAUCGACGUGCAGACAAAUAAUAUAAUUGGCGUAAAGCAGUAUCUAGUCCGGCCGAGGAAUUCGACAUUCCGCACCGAGUCAGCACCGGGCGGCAGCUCGAUCGGUGCCAAUAACAGUCUUACCGGCAGCAACAGCAACAUCAGCAUCACCAGUAGCACCAACAGUACGGCCAGCGGGUGCCCCGCCGGCAUUAACGCGCCGUCCGCGGCGCUGGACGGCAGCAGCACGACGGCGAUUGCGACCAUCCCGGGCGGUGCUGCGUCCCCGGGUGCCGCACCGUCGCCACCGGAAUGUGCAAUAACGCAGGAGAUCCCGGCAAUCGAGUCGCUGGUGCAGACGAACGGGCGUCCCCUCGAGGAAGUGAUCCAACAGUUUGAUGAGUACACCAAGUCGCUCAACCUGGACCCGCACUGUGCCAGCUUUCGACUAGUCACCGACGGGCAGCUGCCACUCCGGCAGUGUCUCCAUCCCGAAGCGAGUGCCAAAGUCAUCGACCUGCCCCAGUACUAUUGGCGGUUUUGUGACCUGCGGAAGGAGUUUGUCCGCUUCCAGGCCGGCGAUCUGUCCCGCGCGCUCGUCCCCGUGGCCGAGGCGCAAAAGCUCCAGUCGAUGCCGAGUCUGCCGCCAACGCCGGCCUCGGUUGCGGAAAUUAUUAAAGAUCUGGACCUGCCAGCCUGUCAGGAUAACAAUGAAUUCUAUGUCAAGGAGGCACGCGACAUGGUGACGAUCGUGAAACAUCUCAUCUCACUAGGACACAAAUUUGAAGCAAACGAAAUCAUAAACCUUAAUCUGGAGCCGGGCAUAUGCUCGAUUGAUGACGAAAUCGAUGGAACGUGUAUAGUGCGCGCACGUGGACUGCCGUGGCAGAGCAGCGAUCAGGACAUUGCCAAGUUCUUCCGUGGACUGAAUGUGGCCAAGGGUGGUGUAGCUCUUUGUUUAUCACCGCAAGGACGCCGCAACGGCGAAGCAUUGGUACGGUUCGUGUCACAGGAACAUCGCGAUAUGGCGCUCAAGCGGCACAAGCAUCACAUUGGCAAUCGGUACAUCGAGGUGUAUCGAGCCAACGGGGAGGACUUCCUGGCCGUGGCCGGUGGUGCAUCCAACGAAGCACAAGCCUUCCUGUCGAAGGGCGCACAGGUAAUCAUCCGGAUGCGGGGAUUACCCUACGAUUGCACUGCCAAGCAGGUGCUUGAUUUCUUCGCCAACGGUGAGAACAGUUGCAACGUGCUGGACGGUGCCGAUGGCAUCCUUUUCGUGAAGAAACCGGACGGCCGAGCGACCGGGGACGCGUUCGUACUGUUCGAGCAGGACUCGGAUGCCUCGAAAGCACUGUCGAAGCAUCGGGAAUCGAUCGGGCAGCGUUACAUCGAGCUGUUCCGCUCGACGACGGCCGAAGUGCAGCAGGUGCUGAACCGGUCCAUGGAUCCGAAGACGUACGAGCCACCGCAACCGCCACUGAUCGCACAGUUACCACAGAUGCAGCUGCUGCCCCAGCACGUCAUCACCAGCGGUGUCGAGAAGAACUGCAUCCGGUUACGCGGGCUGCCGUACGAGGCGAAGGUGGAGCACAUACUCCACUUCCUGGACGACUUUGCUAACCACAUCAUCUACCAGGGCGUACACUUGGUGUACAAUGCGCAGGGCCAGUUUAACGGCGAAGCCUUCAUCCAGAUGGACUCGGAGACGGCCGCGUACCAGUCGGCCCAGCAGAAGCACCACAAGAACAUGAUGUUCGGCAAGAAGCAGCGCUACAUCGAGGUGUUCCAGUGCUCCGGCGAGGACAUGAACAUGGUGCUGAACGGGGGCUUCCAGCAACCGGGCAGCCUCUCGAAACCGUCCCUGCUCUCACCGGGUAUGUUACCGACAGCGGCCACACAGCCACCGACACAAUCCCCGCAGACGCUCUCACUCUCCCAACUUUCGCUACCGAUUCCGCCGCCGCUCGCCCUCUCGGUGCCGCCGCCCAGCCAUCAGCUGCUGGCGCAGCAGCAAGCACAGUACAUUGCGCAGCAGAACCUGCUCGCCCGGCAGGCGGCCGCCGCCGCCCAGCACCAGCAGCAGCAGCAACACCACCACCACCCGCACCACCACCAUCACCACCAGGAGCAGCUGAUGCUGCAAAACCUGGGCAUGUACAUGGGCGGUCCGGCGACCAGUGUUGCCACCUCGCUGAGCGUAUCGCACGGCGCGGGCGGAGCAAUGGCCGCUACACCGACCUACGUGACAGCGGGCGGAGGUGGUGGUGCUGCUGCUACUGCUGCCCUGUCGUCCUCGGUGACGGGUGCCGCCAGUGCCGGUGGGCUGGCUGCCUUCGGGCACAGUCCUGCCACCGCGGCAGGGUUAGCAGCGGCCGGGCUGGGCGCUACUUCGGCAGCGUCCGGUGCCGCGGCAGCUGCCGGCGGUUUGCCGCCCCAUCUGGCCGCCGCUCAUCCGGGCGCCCAGUACGCACCGCUCUACUUUAUGCACCGCCACGCCGCCAUGCUCGGUUCGAACGGCGGGGGCAUACCGAUGAGUUUGAUGGCACCGUCCCAUGCCGCGGCGGCGGCGGCGGCACAGCAUGCCGCCGCCUACAGCCAGCUGCAUCACUUUGGUGCGGGCGGCCAGGUGGGUGCCGGUUCGGGUGCGUCCAGCUCGCUGGCGCACCACGGAUCGGCCGCGCUGAUGCACCAUCCCUCGCAGCACCAUGCCAUGCAGGCGAUGGCAGCGGCUGCCGCCUCGCAGUCGGCCGCCGCCGCCGCCGGCAUGCUUCCGUCCAAGCGGUCGUACGACAGCGCGUUCCGGGGCGACCAGUCGGCGCUGGGAAGCGGUGCCGGCAGCAAACGGCCGUUCCACGGUACGCCGGCGCAGGGGACAGCUGCUGCUGCGGCGGCGGCCGCUGCCGCUGCCGCCCUGUACGCUCCCUACUACCAUCCGCAUAUAUGAGCGGAUGGGGCAGACUGUAGAGGAGGAGUAUGUUGCGUGACACAUUUUGAGGUGCAAAAUUCGCACAGCCUGAAAAUAUUCGCAUCAGAUGCACACAGACACAGGCAGCUUUACAAUUUUGCUAGCGUUUUUUAUAUGGGAUGUACAAGGAUAGGCUCAAACUUAUUGUGUCAGCUGACUUUUUUGACCCGUGGCCUGUGUCACCAGGGGUCCGGGAGGAGUGCCUUUACACACCACCACGCCGUACCGUUUAUUUGUUUAAAACAUACUUACCGUCACUGAAAGUACUUAUAUUGGUAAAAUAAUGAAUUAUCUACCAAGCGCGUUGAGUUGAUUGUGUUGAAGAGUUUCGCGAAGACGACAUGUGCUUGCUGCUGGUUGCCGGCUGUAGGUUGAGCCUUGUUUUUUGGCGGCUGUGUUUCCUUAUUUCUUUCAAUAUACAACAGGACAAUAAUUUUCUUCACUCCCCAACGAGCACUCAUUAUGUUCCUCUCUUUUGUGUGUGUGUGUGCGCUCGUCCCCACCGUUCCUUUUCUGUUGUUGUACCCUCUUUUUUCUCUCUUCACUUUAACGCCCAAUUUCAUUUCCAUUUCUGUUCCUGGUAUUUCUUUGCCCGUUUCGUUUGCUCUUCUUAAAUUGCUUGUUACCUUUUAAGGAAUGAAGUUUGGAGGGUAUGGAAAUGGUGGGAUUUUUCGUGGUCAAGGGCGAUGCGCUGGUGUGUGUGUAGAGAAAGAGAGAGAGCGUAUGCAAGCGUUGAGGAAGCAUUCCUUUUUAUACUUUAUCCCCACAAAAGGGGGACCCAUUCACCCGAAUAUCCCAUUUUUCCUUUCCUUUACACAAUCACACGUACAUUCCAUCCACUAAAGGACGCAUUGAAUAGAUUUAUAAGUACGACCACACAUACCUUCUUCACACUCUUGAUCUUCCCUUCUUCACAACCCCCUUCCUUGCCCUCCCAAACACACACACACAAACACAACAAAAUCGGGACUGCAAUAUAGAGGCCGUAUUCUGUAAAGUACCUUAAUAGGCUAAUCGCAUUGUGUAUUUGUGAGCAGUGGUGUGGUGUGCGUUAUAAACAUGUGUUGGUAGCGAAGCGGCUGGGAAAGAUAGCGGAGAUGAACAGGAGGAGGAGGAGGAUGUUGCGAUGGGAUCAUGAUGGGUAGGAGAGAAUUCAAACGGUGUUGGGUCGUGGCAGUUUGCGUACCACCAGAGGAGUACGCGUUUUCUUUUUCUGUUUAACAUUACCACCUCUUACCCACCACUCCCUCCCCCCACCCCCACUGUAUGUGUGCGUUUAUGUUUGUUGUGUGUGUGUGUGUAUGUAGCGGGAGGAAAGCGGUACACGAUCGAUCACACUAUUAUAGAGCAAUGUGUAAAACAAAUAAUGGGCUUUUUUUUAGUAGUAAGCAGCAGGAGUAGGAGCAGGAGCUUCUUAAAACCAGACAAAAAGGGAACGUCGUUGUGUGUAAUGUGUAGUGUAUGUAGUAUGCAAGUAUGGGGACGGCCCAGGUUCGGUCGCUCUUGUUCGACGGAGGAAGGGGGGAGGUGUGUUGUGCAUCUCUGCUGACUCUCUUAAUCCAUUCUCACAGUCCAUGCCGUUUUGUUUAACAUUUAAUGAAAGCACAAACAGUUAAUUAUUUUCCUUAAUUCAUAUACAAAGUUAACAAGUGUUUUUGGAACAUUUAUUCUAAAUUUUGCAAUUACUUUCCAUGUUUAACGUACCAUUCCCGUAAAGAAUUAUUUGGCGUGACGCUUCUUUCGUUCCAUAAAGCUGUAAGAAGAAGGACAGAGUAUAUAACUGCAUUACGCUGUGAUCGCUUUCCACACCUUUCUAAAUAUGUUCCAAAACGGGGAAUUGGGUGUGUGGCACCCAAUCAAAUAACUCAUUGUCCCUGAAACAAAACAAGCAAAACAAGCAAAACAGCAACAAACAAAAAAGAUGUCGACAAGAAGGUGUAGUAGUAGUAGUGCUAGCAAUCAUAAUCAUAAUUUUAAUAAUAAUACAUUCCAUUAAUCGUAAACAAGCGCGGGGGAGCGAUCGCGCGCACGUCCAGAAAGAGGCAGAUGGAAGGGCUUGCAAAAUGAUGAUGAUGGCAACUUGCGGAUGGCAUCCGUUAUAUAUAUACAUUUUUUGUUUGUUUAAUCAUUUACUAUUCAUAUAUCAUAUGUUAUAGCAACUAACAACGCACACACCACGUGCAGGUUCGAUUCCUUUCUUAAAACGUCCAUUAGGCAUGCUAAUUUACUUCUGUUUUUUUUUAGUGAUUAAGUGAAACAUUUUUAAAAACUCGAUUUACACACAACACCUUAUAUCCCCCCUCGGAAGGCAAACUUAUCUGUUGUUGUACUUUUAGUGUAACACCUGGCUAUAACUAUAAUAGUUAAAAUAUUGUUUAGUAUGGUAGCUUUUAUCGGCAAUUAUUGAAUUGAGUGUAUGUAUGUGUGUGUGUGUGAGUGUGCUGGAUUCCAUAAAAAAAUGGUUUCAUUGUUUGUUGCAAUAGUGGUUUGAUGUUGUUUUUUAAAUUAAUUUAUAAAUGAUUCAAAAAAGGAUGAAAAGUCGAUGUAAUAGGAAUCCGAGUAGGAGAGGUUUGUUCUUUUGGUAAUUGGAUGAGGACAUAGGCGCUUCUUCUCGGUUCAUAACAUUAUUUGAUGAUUUUUGUUUAGCACUUUCACUUUAAUAUGCCUAACUUUAAAUGUUUCAUUUUAGCAAUAUCAAUCUUUUUUUAUUUACCACAAAACGAAGCAACAAUUAUUAGCACACAUUUGCUCGGAAUAUGCUAUAAAUGCUAAUAAAAACACGGGUAAUAUCGUCGUUCUAAACGGGUCGGUUUUCCGUCAUGCACACACAUACAUACAAUCACACCAACACACAAACACACUGAGCUUAAUCAAACACCUAUUCACGGCUAAAAAAGCGAAUAAGGGAAAAGGUAUUGAAGCAAAGGAAAAUCAAAAUCAAGUGCACGAAAACUCUAAAACAAACAAAGCAAGACAAGAAAGGUAAUAUCUGCUAGCAAUUAUUAUAAAAACAGUGGCUCACUCAUGUGCGGAAAAUAGACGGAAAUAAUUUAAUAUAUAUAUACAUAUACAAACAUGGUGGUAACCGCGUUGAGAUGAUGGAAUACACACAAUUAAUAUAGAGUAUCUCUCUCUAUCUCUCUCUUUAGGCUUAAGAUCAUCGACAAUAAUAUAAGCGAGAUUUUGUUUCUUACCUUUA